AUGGAUACGACCGUAUCAAACUCAGGCAAUGAAGAUCAUUCACCAAUGCUCACAUCGUCAUCAUCAUCAUCAUCUAGUUGUUUAGUCACAUAUUCAAGCAAUCCAACACAGAAAUUUUCCACGCCUGAUUAUGAACCAACUAGUGAACAUUUUCUCGAAACAUUUUCCACGUGGGACGACCGCGAACAAUUAGUUUUUGUUGAAAAUCUUCUCAAGCAUAUGCAUAGUCAUCAACAUGGACAGAUCAAUACUUUCCUACUACCAAUGCUGCAAAGAGAUUUCGUGGGACAACUAGCCACGCGCGGCUUAGAACACAUAGCUGAAAAGAUCCUCGGUUAUCUAGAUGAUCGAUCAUUAGUAUCAACUGAACUUGUAUGUCGAGAAUGGUAUCAUGUAAUCUCUGCAGGAAUGUUAUGGAAGAAACUUAUCGAAGGCAAAGUUCAAUCAGAUACUCUUUGGCAAGGUUUAGCUAAUCGUCGCGGUUGGACAAAAUAUCUCUUUCGUCAAAUUUUAACAUCCAAUGAAGUACAGAAAACGCAUGAAUUCUAUCGUAGUUUAUAUCCAAAGAUCAUGCGCGAUAUCGAUCAAAUCGAGACCAAUUGGCGAACGGGAAAUUUUCAAAUCGAAAAAAUUCAAUGCCGAUCACAGAAUAGCAAAGGUGUUUACUGUCUUCAAUACGAUGAUGAAAAGAUUAUCAGCGGUCUUCGUGAUAAUACCAUUAAAAUUUGGGAUAGAAAAACUCUGGAAUGUACAAAAGUGUUAACUGGUCAUAAUGGUAGUGUGCUGUGUUUACAAUAUGAUGAAAAAGUCAUUGUGACUGGCUCAUCAGACUCAACAGUACGUGUAUGGAAUGUGAAAACAGGAGAAUUGAUCAAUACAUUGCUGCAUCACUGUGAAGCCGUUCUUCAUCUUCGAUUUUGUGAUGGAACAAUGGUAACGUGUUCGAAAGAUCGCUCGAUAGCUGUCUGGCAAAUGAAUUCAUCGACAGAUAUAACUAUUCGACGAGUAUUAGUCGGACACCGGGCAGCUGUAAAUGUCGUAGAUUUCGAUGAGAAGUAUAUUGUCAGUGCAAGUGGAGACCGAACUAUCAAAGUUUGGGAUACGACCACGUGUGAAUUCGUACGAACAUUACUCGGACAUAAACGUGGAAUAGCUUGUUUACAAUAUCGUGACAAGAUCGUCGUCAGCGGUUCAUCAGAUAAUACCAUUCGUAUUUGGGAUAUCGAGUGCGGUGCAUGUUUACGUAUACUUGAAGGACACGAUGAAUUAGUACGAUGCAUUCGUUUCGAUUCGAAACGCAUUGUUUCCGGAGCAUAUGAUGGUAAAAUCAAAGUUUGGGAUUUAGUCGCAGCCCUUGAUCCACGUUCUCAAUCGUCAUUGUGUAUCCGUACCUUAACAGAACAUACAGGACGAGUAUUUCGUCUACAAUUUGAUGAAUUUCAAAUUGUUUCCAGUUCACAUGAUGAUACAAUUCUUUGUUUCAACUUCCUCAACGAUUCUCCAACAGCAGACGACGCAACAACAACACCGAUGCAUAGUACAUCGUAA